UACGAAGAAAAGGUAGAUGAAAUACAUUAAUAAAAGUGAAAAGUACAAUGCAAGUGGAUAAUUUAAUGGUAAUUUAAAAAGUUCAAUAAAUAAAGUUAAAAAGUAAGGGCAUAAUAGUUUUUACAUACUAUUCAAAAAUAAAAACAUAAACAACAUUUUGAAUCUCUACAAUAGGAAAACAAGAACUAUAUUAUGGGACGGAAAGAGUAUUAUAUAAUAACUAAAUGUUAUUCGUAUUAUGUUUUACAUCAUUAGAUUUGUCAUAAAAUCUGCUUUCAGAAUAUAAUUUUGUUACAAUUUUUUUUAUAAGAAUUUUAUUACAAUUUUUACUAAUGGACAUGUAAAGAUAUUAAUGGUCAAAGUUACGUCUUGACAAAUGUGUUCGGCAAACUGAUGUAUUUUACAAAAAAAAAAAAAAAAAAACAUAGAGAAUACAUAUGUUUGGUUUACUUUCUCAUAGCAACAUAGCCACCUGACGUGCACUUUAAGUUUGAGAUUUUAUGAAAUUUAAUCUUUGUGUUAAAAUUAUUUGAUGAAAUUAUUCAACUACCUAUGCAAUUAAGAUGUGUUGAAAAAACCAAAACAAAAACAACAAAAAUAAGGGAACGAAAUCCAAUAAUUGAGACCUUCUCUUAUCUCUCUAUGCUAUUUCAGUCAGGCAUGUUCUAUUCAGCUUAAUUUCCGUUCAAUUCAGUUCACUUAUCUUAAUCUCCCCCUCUUGUAAAAUAUUCAGUUCAGUUCCAAUAAGAUCAGCUCAGUUCAGUCAAUCAGAACAAGCCCGUACUUUCGUGCUCUACUCCUCCUUUUAAAUAAAGUAUAAUUUCCUUGAAAAUUUCACAUGUAUUUUCAAAUUAAAAUGUUUAAUGUCAGUAUUAGCCCUUUAUCCUCCCCAUCACAAUUCUCUGCCUUGUACAUUAUCAACUUCCAUUUCUCAUAAUUUCUUCUCUGCCAAAACUCGGUUAUACACUUGACUUGGGUUUCAAUUUCAAACUCUGGAUUAAGAAACAAAAGUUAACUAGCCAUUUAAGUAUAUGAUGAAGAAAGAAAUCUAUAAGGCAGCAGCAAGAGGAGAUGUAGAGUUUCUCAAGGAAGCUAAGGCCAGAGACGUGGAAGCCGCAGUGGCUAUCUACAGCGACGAUGAUCUCCUUGGGUUUACCAUCUCAAACAAACUCCACUUCAUCUCGCGGUUAUGUAUGACACUAAAGGUGUGUAGUUACGAUCCUAACAAUGCCUAUCUAUUUGAUUCCUUAUAUUUAUCCUUUAAAAAAAAGAAAAAAUACUACUCCCUCUGGUAUAUAUGUUAUAGGUACUGAAAUGUCAGCCAUACAUAUGAUAAACUCGCUUAUUAGCCAAGGGGCAACAUUGUCUACCAGGAAUAGUUUUUUCGUACAAGAAAAUGAAGACAUGUUGCUGUCCUUGGUAAAGUCGUUAGUAGAGAAAAAUAGUGAGGUAUGUUGUUGGUGUGAUGCAGACGGGAUGACCCCUCUACUUAGAGCUGCAGUACGCUCUAAUUUACCUGUUGUUGAUGCCAUAAUUAACGAUUGUCCUGAGUCAAUCGAGAUAUGUGAUCCAAAGGGAAAAAAUGUGUUACAUUACAUAAGAUUUCCGACUUCCUUAGAGGCAAGAAAUUUUUUGGAAAAGCCAGAAAUUCCCGUGGAGCUCAUCAAUCAACAGGAUGAUGACGGGAACACACCAAUGCAUAUGGCUGUGAUGAACCAUGAUUUCAGAAUGGUAAAAGCUAUGGUUGAACAUAAUGCUAAUUUUUCCAUAGAAAAUAAGGAGGGUGUUUCUGCACAAACUCUUUUUGAUCACUUUGUUAUCAACAACAAGCUGGAUAUCUCAGCCGAAGCUCAAAUUGAAUCAAAACCAAACAAGUGUCUUCACUUUGUGGAGAAGGAAAUUGAGAAAGAGGUAAUAAAAGAUGAGCUUAUGAGUAAUGAUUUGUAUGAAGCAGUUGGAAAUGGGAAGUGGGAUACCUUAAAAGAAAUAAUGCUAAACGAUGAAAAACAAUUUCUUUCUCGACUACCUGACGGAAGCAACAUUAUUCAUUUAGCAAUUCAGGGUCUCAAACAAUUGCUAAAUAAAAAUUUAUACAGGUUCAAGUCUGAGGCUUAUCCAGAAGAAAAGUUGAUUGUGGAUGCAUUGAAUAAGUACCCUGCCCUUCUUUGUCAAACUAACCACCUUGGCAAAACACCUCUCCAUCUUGAGAUGUUGCACCAGAUAAGCCAGAUCCGUUUUGGGACUCAAAUAUAUAUGGAUGAAUUUGAAAGGGCGAGGAGAAUUACCACUACCACUACCACUACCGCCGUGGAAGGUAAAAGACGUAAAAGGCAACACCAUCCUUCACUCUGCAGUUAAAUAUGGAAACUUUGAAUUGGCGAAGUACUUGAUUGAGAUAGAUGCAAACUUAGCUGGAGAGUUCAACCAUUCCUAACAAACUCCUUUGCACUUGCUAUGUCAGGAAUCCCACUGUAAGUUUAAUACUCGUAUUCCUUGUGUGUGGCCAAGGGUGCAUGAUGUUUAAUUGAUGAAUUUGAUAUAAUACUCUCCGUUUUUGUAUAGUGGGAAAUCUUCGGUUAAAUUUGAGAGUUUAAGGAGGAAGAAAAGAGAAGAAAGCAAAAACAACCAUUGUGUUGUUUCAAUGAAUACUACAAGAGGGGGGGGGGGUUUUGAAUUGUAGUAUAACAUAUUUAUCAAACUUUUUGUGAAAAUAAAAAUAAGUAAACUUAAGGAAGUGAAAGUGCAAGAGAGAUUUUACGUGGAAAACUCCUUGGCCCUAAUCAAGAAGAAAAACCACGACAACUUGGUAUUUUAGGAAAAUAAUUGAAUUGUAUCUUCACUAGAAUAGCAGGGCAAAAAACCUACUACAAACUAAAGACUCUAACUUUGAGUUUCUCAACGAACCCAACGCCGCAAGGAACAAAUCACCCAACUUGUUACUCUUCUCUAUUCUUCUCUUUUUCUCUUCUCUUUCUCACUUCUCUCUCUCAUAAACAAAAGUUCACUCAAACUUCCCAAUUCUCCAAAAUACAAUUUGAAAGAAUAACUUCUAGUACAAAGACAUUAGAACACUCUAUUUCACUAAUGUGGAAUUAGACUCUUGACUCCAUUAAAGAAAACAAAAGUUGAAAUCUAUUUGAGCAAGGGAGAUUUUUCCAACUAAAAUUAAUUACCUAUUUAUAGACCAAGAUUCUACUUGGAAAAAUAUCUUUGUGCAACUCAUCCAUAACGCCCACUACUCCAACCACUAAGAAGAACAUGUCCUAAAUUCAAGGGCAUGAACUCCUCAAUGUAUCAAGUCAUGACUUAAGAAAAGAUCGUGGGGAGUAUGCCGUAAAUUUUGGAAAACAAAAUAAAUUUUAUUAGUUUAAUUGAUUUUUGAAAAUAAAUAAAAUAAAAUCCUUUUUAUAAAAUAAAGAGAUAGGAUUUUAAAGCCAAUUGUUUUCCUAAAACUAAGCAUGCACAAUUUUAUCUAUCUAGACCAAUUCCACACAGUUAUUUCGACUGUAAUAUUACCCUUAUACUUACAUAAAUCCUAAAUUAUAAAAAUAUCUUAAAUUUCAUGAUUCACAACUAGAAAAAGGGUCAUUUUCGACGGAAAUUUAUGUCGGAACCACCCCAAAAUUCGUCGGAAAACUCGUUUUCGACGGAAUUCCAUUGUAACCGAUUGUCGAAAAAGCGUUUGUAGGAAAUUUGUCUUCUUCCGACGGAAUUUUCCGUCGAAGGAGGUUUUCUAGCACCAAAAAAAUCCGUGUGAAAUUCCUGACGGAAUAGUAAAUUCCGUCGGAAAUUGUUUUAAGAAAUUAAUAAAAACCCCGUGCCACCAUGGCACGGCGUAUCAACCACCACCAACCAGCUCACACCACCCGUAUCACCAACCCCCUAACCCGUUCCACCACCCUCAACCACCAAAACCCUAACCUACACAAACAAGCCCAGAUUUACCACCCCACCUAAGCAAACCACCCCACCACCACCGUCACCGUUGAAACAAAAUCACAACCAAAACCGUUGAAACAAAAUCACAACCAAAAAUUAAAAAAUAUGAAAAUAAAAAUUAAAAUACCAACCUAACACCCAAAACCCGAACCCAAAAUUAGGUUAUUUCUUGUAGUGAUCACCACCACCGAACCCAAACCCAUACCCACUUAACCCAGAUCUACCCACCUAAACACUCAACUCGACCGAACCCAUACUCCAACCCACCCACCUAAAACCCUCAACACAUAAGACGACGACCACCACCACCACCACCACCGAACUGACAAUCAAACACACCAACCUAAAACCAUCCAAAAAAAUAAAAUAAUAAACAAAAAUAAAAACAUUAAAACGUACCUUAAAAAUAAAAAAACCUUCGAAAUUCCCUCGAACUUGGUUUAAUAAGGUCAAAUUCGACCAUGAAAACGCUAGAUCUAGCAUUUUCAUGGUCGUACUCGACCUUAAAAAUCAUUAAAGACCGUGAGAAGAGAAGAGGGAGGAGAAGAGGAGAUAGAAAGAGAAGAGGAGAAGGCGUUGAUGAGAGGAGGAGGAGGAGGAGAGGAGGGAAGGGGAGUUAGGAGAGGAGGGAAGGGUAGUCAGAAGAGAAGGGAUGAGGAGAUCGAGGAGAGAGAAAGAGAAGAUGAGAGGAAGAGAGGCGGAGAGAGAGAGAAAUGUGAAAUAUGGGGUAGGGGAGCCGUUUUAAUUAGGGUUUGGGGGGGGGUUUUUUUUUAUUAUUAUUUUACUAAAUUCCAUUAGAAAGGCUGUAAAAUCCAUCGCAAAUUUUCGACGGAAUUAAUUUCGUCGGAAAUGGUAUAUUUUCCGACAGAUUAAAAAUCCGUCGGAAAUUUCCUACGGGUUUGAAAGAGAAAGUUUGUGAGAGAAAGUAUUAUAUAAGUGGGGCCUGAGAAGAAGAGAAAUGAUAAAUUAAUUUGAGUGGGAUGACUUAAUGUAAGAGAGAGAAAUACAGUAUUAAGUUAACAAAUAUAGAAGUGAUGCAUUUAAAAUAAAACACCCAUAAAAGGCAAGUGAUGCAUUUAAAAAGAACGAAGGGAGUACUUUUAUUUACUAUAGACAAAUGAAUGAAAAAAUAAAUUGUUGCAAUUAAUUAUUUUUUUUUUCCUUUUUGAAAUAAAAUUGAUUCAUUAAUAAGUCAU